AUGGAACGAUGUAGCAUUCCCACAUACCAAGAACAGCCAUUGGACAGGAGUAGAAGAGAGCUCCGGCUGCUGCAUCUUCACCCACGAACCACCGAUCACAUAACGGCUACGUUGAGCGUAGCAGAUCUUGAGAGCGCUGCUGAGACUUACUCAUGCGUUUCCUAUGUGUGGGGAAAUCCGAACGAAACGGUACCAAUCGAAGUAGACGGGCAUGAGAUGCAGAUCACCCUCAACCUGUUUGACUUUCUGCAUCACAUCAGAGAUCCUAAUGAUACCCUCAUCCUUUGGGUGGAUGCUAUCUGCAUAAACCAAAACGAUCUGGAAGAAAAGUCCCACCAAGUGGCGAUGAUGGGAGACAUCUACUCUAGAUGUUCAGUCGUGCACGCUUGGUUAGGCACGCCCCCGUCAGAGAUGGUACUGGAGAUGAAUCCAUUCGCAAUGUUCGAACAUAUUGCGGAUGGAAAGCAUUGGCACGAUCUUCCGGGCGUUCUUGAAGAGGGAGAUGACGAGGGAGCACCAAAUGAUGUGUUCGUUGAUCAAAUGGUUGCGUUUCACUUGAUUGCUGACAGUGCAUGGUGGACGCGAUCAUGGACUGUUCAAGAGAUCAUACUACCCACAUCCGGUAUUUUGUGGUAUGGAUCACAUAGCAUGACCUGGGAUCGCUUUGCGCUUGUUUUCGAAAGAGCAAACGCCGCAUACGUCCAUUGCUGCACACAAGGUACGGAGGCGACGAAACAUUGGGGCCCAAAGAUGGAUAAGUUCAACCGAUUCAUGUCCAGCAUUGCGAUCAUCGAUAAAUUGCGACAAUAUCGACAACAGACGACCGAACAAGUAGUCGACGUCCUGUCCAGCAACGAACAACCACCAUCAUUUCACAGCAUCUUACUUUCCUUCUCAAACCGACAAUGUAAAGACCCCCGCGAUAAGAUUUUCUCGGUCCUCGGUUUGGCACCCGCGCGGAUGUUUGAUGCAUACACACCCAACUACCAACAACCGUUGACGGAUUGCUUCACAGACGUCUAUCGGAGAAUGUUAGAGUAUGAUAACGAUACUUCGAGAGUUUUGUUGGGUAGAGGGUUUGGACCAUAUAACAAAGGUUUGCCAUCUUGGGCCCGUGACCUCUCCAAGCAACAUGACGGGCAAGAUUGGGAGGAGACCAGAGCGCGGCUUUCUGGCUUAUAUGAUUGUUCCGCAGGGUCUUCAAACACAGUCACCGUAAAAGAUGGCAGAGAGCUUCACACCAAAGCUAGAAAGGCCGACAUCAUUCGAGUUGUAGGCAAAACACACCGACUACAGAAAUCUGGUGUGGCUUCACAAAUUAUAGCCAUGCUACAGUCGUAUGAGUUGGCGUCGGAAACCUUGACCUAUACAGAGGAAGCGCAUCUGAACAAAGCAUUCAUGCGGACUAUUUGUGCAACAAUCACACAAGACGUGGAAGACAGUGGGCAAUGGAGGAGAUGCGAAGACGAUGACCUGCCCAGCCCCGAAUCUUGGCUAAGUCUUCUGACAGGAGAAGGUUACACGUUGCCUUACGCGUUCACAUCAGCAAUGUUGUUGGCCACGGAAAAUCGUUGCUUAUUCAUCACAGAAUCGGGAAACCUUGGAAUGUGCUACCCUGGUACGAAACCUGGGGACGAAGUUUGGGCCUUGUCAGGUAUGAAUGUGCCCUUCGUGCUGCGAAAAGCAACUAAAGGGCAUCAUUUGGAGAGCGCUUAUCACUUGAUGGGGGACUGUUUUCUGCUUGAUCAGAUGGAUGGAGAGAUCAUGCAGAAUGAUGAAGAGACAAAAUCGAUAGUCCUGGUUUAA